AUGUGGGCCCCUGAUAUCUAUGAGGGUUCACCCACCCCGGUUACAGCAUUCCUUUCUAUUGCGCCUAAAAUUUCUAUUUUUGCUAAUAUAUCACGUGUUUCUAUUUAUGGUUCCUAUGAAGCUACACUGCAACAAAUCUUUUGUUUCUGCAGCAUUGCUUCUAUGAUUUUAGGAGCACUGGCCGCCAUGCCCCAAACGAAAGUAAAAAGACCUCUAGCUAAUAGUUCAAUUGGACAUGUAGGUUAUAUUCGUACUGGGUUCUCGUGUGGAACCAUAUAA